AUGCCCUUCCCCAAAAAAGACAAUAGCGCCGGCCCAGGCAGGGGUCAAAAUGGUUCCAGAGGAGGAUUCAGGACCGACGCAGCCAUCUCCAACAGCAGACUCGGCGCCGAGCGGACAUUGCAACCAUGGAUGCCCGACUCUACGGACGGUAUGGAUGAAGGUCUCGAAAGCUCGAGCAACAAGAACAACGCGCCUUGGGACCAAUUCGCAGAGAAUGAACGACGUUUCGGUAUCAAGACCGACUACGACGAGAAUAUUUACACUACCGCUAUCGACAAGAGCCACCCCCAAUACCGCGAGCGGAUGGCAGCGGCAGAAAAGAAGGCUAGAGAAAUUUCGGGGAGCCAAGCUGCCACUGCACAUGUAGCUGAAGAGCGCAUCAUGGACUACGCAGGCGGCGAUGAUCGCGGUGGUGACGAAGAGGACAAGUAUAGUGGCGUUAGACGGCAGGACUUCCCUCCGCUCUCGACCCGUGAAAACAAGUACACGCCGCCAGCGAAGCGAGCUCCAGCAGCGCAGUCAACUGUCACAGGUGCCCCUGUCGACCCUGCCAUCAUCUCGUCACAAGUUCGCGCUCCUAGCAAGAAACCAUCCCCUGCUAGGCCAGAGGAUGCGAAGAGCCAACCGGUACCUGGGAAGCUACCGAUGACACAGCCAGCCGAUGAGUCGAAGCCUGUUGAUUCCAAGGCGGCUAUCAAAUCUUCGCCGAAGGGCGAGGCUCCCAAGCCAGCAAGGGCUGACAGCCCUCCGGCGGCGGCCGCCGACACUGCGAAGCAAACUGAAGUCAAGCAAGCAGACAAGACGACCACGCCUCUUCGUGCACCAUCUACGAGUAGCCGUGCCAAAUCACCUCAAACGGCGGCAAAGGAGGGCACGCCAAGCGCUGCUCUGACAGUUGAACGAGAUGUUCUCAAUUCGUUCAAGUCUUUUGCUACCCAACAGCGACAGAACGCCGACAAGAUUCGUACGAGCAAGGCUAAGGCUGACAAAGAAGUCAAGUUGACAGAGUUGAAGAAGUUUGCUCAAGGCUUUAAGCUGUCGACCCCUGUGCCUACCGACCUGAUUUCUAUCAUCGCGAAGGACCCCAGCAAGCAGAAGGAAAUACAAGCCAAGGCUCUUCAAAAUGCGGAGGACGUGGCACGGACGAAGACGGUCGAGUCUGCUUCUAAGGACAAGGAUGCCAAGGAUGUAUCCAACAAAUCCACUGCCGCAGCUAGUGCUACACAGAGCACUCCUGAUGGACGUGCGGGAAGCCGUCCAUUAACCUCGCAGUACGCCAACUCUCCCGGCUCAGGACCCUCUGUGCGCAACGCAAAUGCGCGUCAGUCGUAUGCGCCGCCAUCUCACCACAACCAGUCUUACCGCAAUGAUCGUCAAGGCCAACACGUUAACCAGCAAGCCCGCCAGUCUCUGGGACAGAGGCUUCGAAACACAGAGCAGCAAAAGAUGUCGCAGGCUCCGCCUCAUCAGCAGCCGGUGACCCCAGAGGUUCGGGUUCCGCCUACGGGCCCAUCCAACAGCGCUGGAGAUUCUUCUUUCGGCCGACGAUUGAGUGGGGUCCCCGGCCACAUGGGCCCAAAGCUGAACCCGAACAGCCACGAGUUCCGGCCCAACCCGUUUGCCACCUCGUUCAACCCCAUUAGUAGUCACCCAAGCGCCGGAUCGAGCCCUCGCUCGGGUGCGGCUGUGAACACGACCACGGUUGACACCGCCGCUGGUCCCGCGCCCGCUGGUCAAUUGAUACGCCGCAAGACGAAGGCCAUUGAUGUUCAGAAGUGCUUCAUCCUUGCCCACAUCAAGACCUUCACCCCACCUAAAGUGCGUAAUUGGGAUGAUAACGAAGGUCUCAGGCCCUCGUAUGAUACGAUACCAACGUGGCGUCAACUCCAGGAGGAGGACGAGAAGCCGGAAUCGACAAUGCGCCUGACCUACAAAGAAUUCCUGGAACAGCAGUCGUUUGCGGCUCCUUCCAUGACUACACCAACGCCUCCACAUGUCACCUCCAAUAAUGCUCACCACUAUCAGUUGCCGCUGCAUAUGCAGCAAAAUGCACAUGGCACGGCUCCUCGCCAGUCGCCAAACAUGCCUACAAUGCCACUCCAUAACCAACAUGUGCCUGCCCCUCAUGGAGCUUACACGAAUGGCGUCGACGAUCACCGGAUGAUGCACUCGAACUCUGCGCAGUCCUUUGCCAGCCCCCGGAUGAGCCAUGUCCCUAUCACAUACACACCGGCAGUCAAUUCGCCCGCUCAAGUCCCGUACUCGCAGCCGAUGAUGCAGCCAUACGGCGGGCCCGGUACGCCGCAGAUGAACCAGUAUCGAAGCUUUUCCAACACCCACCAGUACCUGCAGCAGCAACCCGGACACAUGGGUGGCCCUAUGAUCAUGCAGCCGCAGUUUAUGAGUCCGCAAGGAAUGCUGCCUGGGCAACCGAUGCAAAUGUACGGGGGACACGCCCAAUUCCCGCCCCCUAAUGGUGGGCCCCCACCUCACCCAGGGUCGAACGGAUAUUCCAGCCCCGGACGGCCUGCUGCGCCCAUGAUGGCGCACCAAGGAUCGCAGCAGGGCCAGACAGUGUACGGGAUGAGUCCAAGCGUUCCCUACCAGCAGCCUGUCUUCGCGCCGCAACAGCCCGGCCUUCAAGGCGGAAAUUCACGCGGAUAUAACAAUUCUGGGCCGCAGCACUUUGGUACAAGCCCACAGCAAAUGCACGCAUAUGGGGCUCAGCAUCGUGCCGGAAACAACUACGGCAGCGGCAAGAAUCUGGGCAACAAUGGAGCUCAUGGUCACCCGCAAGGCCACGGCACGGCAGCGAACCCCCAAACGCGGGCUUCUGAAGGGCCUGCCGAGGCCAAGUAA